GAGGAGGAGGACCAUGGAGAGGAAUUCGAAUCCCAGGGAUCUUGCCUCGUCCGGGAAAGAAGCCACCGCCGCGGGGAAGUCCUCUUUUGAACACAAACAUUUUAGUUCUCACUAAACUAAUUUGGAUCUUAAACAACCUAAUCACUGGAAGUCACCACGGUCUUGGCAGAUUACAUAUGAAGACACUUUAUUAAAACACCAAGUCAUGAAGAAAACUUCCAAGAGGAGUAAUGAGUUGAGAGUUUCUGAUACCCAAUUAAACUCUGUGGAUUCUGAGAAGGAUAAAAACAAGAGUCAAAUAAACUUUGAUCAGCUUCCUCUAGAAGUCACUUUAAAAAUUUUCAGUCAACUGGACAUUCAAAGUUUGUGCAGAGCUUCUGUAACUUGCAGGGAAUGGAAUGAUACAAUACAAAAUAGUGAUUCUAUAUGGAAGCCUCACUGCUUGUCUUUAAGGACUGUGUGUCAGCGAGAAAUAGAUGAUGAUCUACAAAGUGGUUACUCCUGGAGGGUAACACUGCUGAGAAAUUACCAGAAGAGCAAAGUGAAACAUGAAUGGCUAAGUGGCAGAUACAGCAACAUUUCCUCUUCCUUUAGUCUACCAGAGACAAUCAUGUACCCAAUGGAUGCAGAUACAUGGGGGGAAAUUCUAGAAGCAGAGCUGGAAAGAUAAGUGAAAAUAUCACACAUAGUCUAAAACUAAAAUGACUCAUAAGCUGCUAAAGAUGGUUUUUAUUUGUUCAUAUUUUUCUCCAAUUUAAAAUUUUUUAACAUUUAAAAGAGAACAAAGAAAACA